AUGGCGAAGAACGUUCAUAACGACUAUAAGAUGAAGUUCUCCAAGGACGAGGAGUUCCCCGACCUGUCCCUGCACAACAACCACAUGGCCAAGGUGCUGACCAAGGAUAUCUACGACAAGCUGAGAGGCAAGUCCACCCCCAGCGGCUUCACCGUGGAUGAUGUCAUCCAGACCGGUGUUGACAACCCAGGUCAUCCCUUCAUCAUGACCGUGGGCUGCGUUGCUGGUGAUGAGGAGUGCUACGAGGUCUUCAAGGAUCUGCUGGACCCCAUCAUCUCCGACCGUCACGGAGGCUACAAGCCCACCGACAAGCACAAGACCGACCUGGAGUUCGAGCACCUGAAGGUGAGAGAGCAGACGAGCAUCAUGGCUUCAGAAUAUUCAUGUGUUUGUUGUGUUUCUGUCUCCCCUCAGGGAGGUGAUGACCUGGACCCCAACUACGUGCUGUCCAGCCGUGUGCGUACCGGCCGCAGCAUCAAGGGAUUCACCCUGCCCCCCCACAACAGCCGUGGAGAGCGCAGAGCCAUUGAGAAGCUGUCCAUCGAGGCCCUGGCCAGCCUGGAUGGAGAGUUCAAGGGAAAGUACUACCCCCUGAGCGGCAUGACCGACGCUGAGCAGGACCAGCUGAUCAACGAUCACUUCCUGUUCGACAAGCCCGUGUCCCCCCUGCUGACCUGCGCCGGAAUGGCCCGUGACUGGCCCGACGGCAGAGGCAUCUGGCACAACAAUGACAAGACCUUCCUGGUCUGGGUGAACGAGGAGGAUCACCUGCGUGUCAUCUCCAUGCAGAAGGGAGGCAACAUGAAGGAGGUGUUCAGACGCUUCUGCGUCGGCCUGAAGAAGAUUGAGGAGAUCUUCAAGAAGCACAACCACGGCUUCAGCUGGAGCGAGCAUCUGGGUUACAUCCUGACCUGCCCCUCCAACCUGGGAACCGGCCUGCGCGGUGGCGUGCACGUCAAGCUCGCCAAGCUCAGCACACACGCCAAGUUCGAGGAGAUCCUGACCAGGCUGCGUCUGCAGAAGCGCGGCACAGGUGGUGUGGACACAGCCUCCGUGGGGGGUGUGUUCGACAUCUCCAACGCCGACCGUCUGGGCUCCUCCGAGGUGGAUCAGUGCCAGAUGGUGGUUGAUGGUGUCAAGCUGAUGGUUGAGAUGGAGAAGAAGCUGGAGAAGGGAGAGUCCAUUGAUGGCAUGAUCCCCGCCCAGAAGUAA